AUGAGUCUGGUGUCUGGGUUUGGGCCGCUGAUCACCGCUGGAAUCUUCUCCGCUACGCUCUCUUCUGCUCUGGCGUCUCUGGUCAGCGCUCCUAAAGUCUUCCAGGCUUUGUGUAAAGAUAAAAUCUACCCAGGAAUCCACGUGUUUGCUAAAGGAUACGGCAAGAACAAAGAGCCGCUGCGAGCGUAUGUGCUGACCUUCAUCAUCGGCCUGGCCUUCAUCCUGAUUGCGGAGCUAAACAUCAUCGCCCCCAUCAUCUCCAACUUCUUCUUGGCUUCAUACGCUCUGAUCAACUUCUCCGUCUUCCACGCCUCGCUGGCCAACUCUCCAGGCCAGUGUUUGCUUUUACUUCACUACUGCACUCACGUACACUUGUACAAGUGUCUAACGCCAAUUUAUUAUGUGUGUUCUCCUGCAGAUGUGAACUGGGGCUCGUCCACACAGGCUCUGAUGUAUAAUCAGGCACUGACACACAGUCUGCAUCUCACCGGUGUGGAGGAUCACAUCAAGAACUUCAGGCCUCAGUGUCUCCUCAUGUGUGGAUAUCCAAACUCCAGACCGGCGCUGCUCUACCUCACACACACCUUCACUAAAGAUAUGGGUCUGAUGAUCUGCGGACAUGUCAGGACUGGUUACCGGCGGCCCAACUAUAAGGAGAUGCUGAAUGAGCAGGCCCGCUAUCAGCGCUGGCUCCUGAAGAUGAGAAUCAAAGCCUUCUACAGUCCAGUGUUUGCAGAUGACCACAGACAGGGGGCCCAGUACCUGCUGCAGGCCGCUGGUUUGGGUCGCCUGAAACCAAACACACUAGUUUUGGGCUUUAAGAACAACUGGAGAGACGGAGACAUGAGGGAUGUGGAGACGUACAUCAACAUCAUCCACUCCACUGCUGUUUCUGCAGAUGAGUUUCUGUCCUCGCAGGAGAAAACUCCAGCAAUGAAGGAUCCGCUGGUCUCCAUCAACAUCAAGGACUUCGACAGCGACUCCUCCAAACCCUCGUCUAAAAGUACCAGCUGUCAGAGCAGCCCGCUCAUCUUCAGAGACAGUAAGAAGCCUCAGCUGAAGCUCAGCGCUGCGGAUGAGAAGCUCCUGUCCGCCAGUCAGCAGUUCCAGAAGAAGCAGAGCAAAGGAACCAUCGAUGUGUGGUGGCUGUUCGAUGAUGGAGGUUUGACGCUUUUGAUUCCUUAUUUGCUCACCAAUAAAAAGAAAUGGCGCGACUGUAAGAUUCGUGUGUUUAUUGGAGGAAAGAUAAACAGGAUCGACCACGACCGCAGAGCAAUGGCGGCGUUACUCAGUAAGUUCAGGAUUGACUUCUCGGACAUCACCGUUCUCGGAGACAUCAACAUCAAGCCCAAGAAACACAAUAAGCAGGUGUUUCAGGAGAUGACGGAGCCCUACAGACUGAGGGAGGAUGAUAUGGAGCAGGAGGCGGCGGAGAAGCUGAAAGCUGACGAGCCCUGGAGGAUCACAGAUAACGAGCUGGAGCUCUACAGGUCAAAGUCGAAUCGUCAGAUCAGACUCAACGAGCUUCUGCAGGAGCACUCCAGCACAGCCAACCUCAUCGUCAUCACCAUGCCGUUGGCCAGAAAGGGGACGGUGUCCAGCGCGCUCUACAUGUCCUGGCUGGACACGCUGUCCAAAGAUCUGCCUCCGAUUCUUCUGGUCCGAGGAAACCAUCAGAGCGUUCUGACCUUCUACUCCUGAACACAGACACAAUCAGGACACUUGCAGAACUCCUAACCCCAAAACUGCUCUAACAUCUAACACACUGAGCACAGAUCUUCUCAGUUAUUUGUAAAUAUGUUUAUUAAUGACUCUUAUUCUAGAAGAAGCAUGUGAAGCAGUAGGUGCGUCCCACAUCCUGUAUUUAUUCACUAUUCUACGCCAUAUUUCAGGAUAAAUCGUGUGCGUUCAUGCUGAUGAUCAAAUAAUAAUAACUCCGAAAGAAGAGGCACACUUCACAUCGCCAGGGAGGAGCCACUGAUAUAGAGGAGGAGCUGAUGGUGAAGGGGAGGGGCUACUGAUUCAGAUGAAGAGCUAUGGGUGACGAGGAGGAGCUAAUGAUAGAGGAGCAGCUAAUGAAGAUGAAGGGGAGGGGCUAUUGAUGAUAUGGAAGAGCUACUGAUUAAGGGGAGGAGCUGCUGAUAUAGGGGAGGAGCUUGAUGGUGGAGAGGGGCUACUAAUGUAGAGGAGGUGCUGAUGAUUAAGGGGAGGAGCUAAUGAUAGAGGAGUAGCUAAUGGUGAAGGGGAGGGGCUGAUGAGAUGGAGGAGCUACUGAAUAAGGGGAGGAGCUAAUUAUAGAGGAGGAGCUUAAAGUGAAGGGGAGGGGCUGAUGAUGAGAUGGAAGAGCUACUGAUUAAGGGGAGGAGCUAAUGAUAGAGGAGCAGCUGAUGGUGAAAGGGAGGGGCUUAUGAAGGAAUGGAAGAGCUACUAAUUAAAGGGAAGGGCUAAUGAUAGAGGAGGAGCUGAUGGUGAAGGGGAGGGGCUGAUGAUGAGAUUAAAGGGCUACCUAUUAAGGGGAAGGGCUAAUGAUAGAGGAGGGGCUGAUGGUGAAGGGGAGGGGCUACUGAUUAAGAUGAGGAGCUACUGGCGAAGGGGAGGAGCUAAUGAUAGAGAAGGAGCUGAUGGUGAGCAGGAGGGUCUGAUGAUGAGAUAAAAGAGAUACUGAUUAAGGGGAGGAGCUGCUGAUAUAGGGGAGGAGCUGAUGGUGAAGGAGAGGGGCUACCGAUGUAGAGGAGGAGCUGAUGAUUAAAGGGGACGAGCUAAUGAUAGAGGAGUAGCUAAUGGUGAAGGGGAGGGGCUUAUGAAGGAAUGGAAGAGCUACUGAUUAAAGGGAAGGGCUAAUGAUAGAGGAGGAGCUGAUGGUGAAGGGGAGGGGCUGAUGAAAUGGAGGAGGUACUGAAUAAGGGGAGGAGCUAAUUAUAGAGGAGGAGCUUAAAGUGAAGGGGAGGGGCUGAUGAUGAGAUGGAAGAGCUACUGAUUAAGGGGAGGGGCUAAUGAUAGAGAAGGAGCUGAUGGUGAAGGUGAGGGGCUACUGAUGUAGAGGAGGAGCUGAUUAUUAAGGGGAGGAGCUAAUGAUAGAAGUGGAGUUGAUGGUGAAGGGGAGGGGCUGAUGAAGAGAUUAAAGGGCUACCGAUUAAGGGGAAGGGCUAAUGAUAGAGGAGGGGCUGAUGGUGAAGGGGAGGGGCUACUGAUUAAGAUGAGGAGCUACUGGCGAAGGGGAGGAGCUAAUGAUAGAGGAGGAGCUGAUGGUGAGCAGGAGGGGCUGAUGAUGAGAUGGAAGAGCUACUGAUUAAGGGGAGGAGCUGCUGAUAUAGGGGAGGAGCUGAUGGUGAAGGAGAGGGGCUACCGAUGUAGAGGAGGAGCUGAUGAUUAAGGGGAGGAGCUAAUGAUAGAGGAGCAGCUGAUGGUGAAGGGGAGGGGCUUAUAAAGGAAUGGAAGAGCUACUAAUUAAAGGGAAGGGCUAAUGAUAGAGGAGGAGCUGAUGGUGAAAGGGGAGGGGCUAAUGAUAGAGAAGGAGCUGAUGGUAAAGGGGAGGGGCUACUGAUGUAGAGGAGGAGCUGAUUAUUAAGGGGAGGAGCUAAUGAUAGAAGUGGAGUUGAUGGUGAAGGGGAGGGGCUGAUGAUGAGAUUAAAGGGCUACCAAUUAAGGGGAAGGGCUAAUGAUAGAGGAUGGGCUGAUGGUGAAGGGGAGGGGCUACUGAUUAAGAUGAGGAGCUACUGGCAAAGGAGAGGAGCUAAUGAUAGAGAAGGAGUGGAUGAUAUGAUGGAGGAGCUACUGGUUAAGGGGAGUGACUAAUGAUAGAGGAGGAGCUACUGAUUAAGGGGAGGGGUUACUGAUUAAGGUGAGAAGCUACUGACAAAGGGGAAGAGCUAAUGAUAGAGGAGGAGCUGAUGGCGAAGGGGAGGAACUGAUGAUGAGAUGGAGGCGCUACAGGUUAAGGUUAGGGGCUACUGAUAGAGGAGGAGUUACUGGUUAAGGGGAGGGGUUACUGAUUACGGUGUGAAGCUACUGACAGUAGCUGUUUUAGGCUAUAUGCACUAAAUUUAGAUGACUUCAUUUAUUUUGGAUUGUGCAAACAAAAUUCUCCAAUGAAGACGACAGUUGUACUCAUGACAGGUUCUGUUUGACAGUUUGGUCAUUUAUUUCACUAAUUUUGCGUCCGUUAUACCUAAACUUAGAAACGAUUUUGAAUUUCUGGUUUACCAUUAUGACUCCAAAGUGUUCUGAUGGUGAAUGAUGUUGAAGUAGAGCAGAGUGAAAUACAUCAUGCAAUCAACACUCACGGCUCAGCUAACAUAGUGAAAAGGGGAGGGGCUACUGAUGAGGGGGAGGGGCUACCUAUGAAAGGGAGGAGCUACAUAGGAAAAAGGAAGGACUGAUGCUAAAGGAGGGGAGGGGCUUAUAGUGAAGGGGAGGGGCUAUCAGCACUGAAACAGGAUCGCUUUAUUUUGUAUUGUGGAAAAUGAUCUAACAGAUGCUGAACAUGCAGUGCUCAAGAGGACGUAGAGUGUUGUUUGGGACACAACUAACUUUUGAAACACACAUUUGUUGACUUUUACUCUAACAUAAGAGUAAAACCCGUUACUCUGCUUGAUCCACCACACUGAUGCUGUUUCUCGUUGCCAACCCUGGACUUAUUGCCUCCUGCAGUGAAACUGGCUCUGAACAGAGGACACAUUCAGAUCAUCACAGUCUCUGUUCAGUCAAAUACUUUACACAGAACUGACACUUACUAACACUCAUAAUCCCGGAGAAGCUUUGCACACAUCUCUGUGCCCCCCUCACUCCUUCAAAAAACUCUACUGUGGAUCAGAGGAAAACUGAUAAACACACUGCAUUAAUAAAUGCCCUUGAUUCACCUA